AACCACAAUCUCACUCAUAAAUCUUGCCAACCAUUGCCAGAUCUUUAAUCUUCACCAUGAUCUCCCGGGGCAAUUCUAGUACGAGCUCAGACAACGGCUCCUCCAUGCAGUUGUAGGACUUCCUGCCAAUGAUGGUGAGGAAGGUAGGGGUGGAGGGGCUGAUUCAGGAGCUAUGCAAAGGGUUCCAGCUGCUCAUGGAGCCUAGGACAGGCAAGAUCACCUGCCAGAGCCUGAAGCAGAAUGCGGCCAGGUUCGGGCUUGGAGAACUCCAUGGUGAUGAGCUCCCGGAGAUGAUCAGGGAAGGGGAUCUUGACGGGGAUGGGGCGCUGGAUCAGAUGGAGUUCUGCAUUCUCAUGGUCAGAUUGAGCCCUAAGCUGAUGGAAGAAGAGGCACACAUGAUGUUUCAAUAUUGAUGUAACUUGAUCCUUGUUGCUUAGUACAACAGAACAGUGAUCUUUAAUGUCAAUUUGGUCCAGCUCCAAUGUGAUAUUGAAUUCA